AUGACUGGAGUAUUCGACCGGAGGAUCUCGAGUGUUAAACCUGCAGACUUCCAGAGCUCCUUUCAACUCUCCACCAUGCAUCACCCGUCUCAGGAAUCUCCUACUUUACCCGAGUCCACCGCCACGGAUUCUGGCUACUACAGUCCCGCCGGUGGAGUCACUCACGGUUACUGCUCGCCCAGCUCGACUUCGUACGGAAAGCCUCUCAAUGCCUACCAGUACCAGUACCCGGGUGUAAAUGGAUCCGCUGGAAAUUACUCGACAAAAUCCUACACUGAUUACAGCUCUUACACGACCCCCGCCUACCACCAGUAUGCUGGGACUUACAGCAGAGUGCAAGCCCAGCCGAGUCCACAAGAAAAAGAGAUAACCGAGACUGAAGUGAGGAUGGUGAAUGGCAAGCCUAAGAAAGUGAGGAAACCCCGGACAAUAUACUCCAGCUUCCAGCUGGCCGCUCUGCAGAGACGGUUUCAGAACACACAGUACCUGGCGCUGCCGGAGAGAGCAGAGCUGGCUGCCUCGCUGGGACUCACGCAAACACAGGUGAAAAUUUGGUUCCAGAACAGGAGAUCAAAAAUGAAGAAGAUCAUGAAAAACGGCGAGCUUCCACCGGAGCACAGCCCCAGCUCCAGCGACCCCAUGGCGUGCAACUCACCACAGUCCCCGGCCGUUUGGGACACACAGGGGCCCUCCAGGCCGCACAGCCUACAGCCACAAAGCAUCAACACCACGGCCUCUAACUUUUUGGAAAGCUCGGGGUCAUGGUACACCUCAGCCGGCAGCUCCAUGACUUCCCACCUCCAGACCCCUAACUCGAUACAGCACUCACUGGCUCUUGGAGCGGGGACGUUAUAUUGA